GCUUUGAAUCACAAUAAACAAAAAGAUCAAAGUCGUCCGUAUAUUAACACGUUAACGAUGUACUGGGCUGGGUUAUGGUCAACUCUAUAUUUUAUAGUUAUGUCUAUUGGACCAUUUUUAUCACCAACACAUACAUUAGAUCCAGUAAAACAAGUUGGUGAAUGUAAACCUUCGCCCGCUUUACAAGUCUUGAUUUGGAAGAGCUCACAUUGUCAGAACGAAAGGACUGAAACAACAAUUUCGCCUACUAAUUUAGCUCAAUCAACUAUUGACUCUGUUUUCAGAAAAAAUAAUGAAAAAUCUGAGUUUAGUAAUUCU